AUGAUUAAUGAAAUUGGGACCCUUCGCUCACUUCCCAAUGGCGAGAGUGUUUUUGUUGGCAGCUCUUCCGGUGUCUUCUUCAUCAAUACUGUCCGACGCGCAUUCUCACACGCUGCAGCGACUACCAGCCGUCGCCGCUCCGUGAACGACCAUUCUGUCCUAACCCCAGCAGCUUUGGCUUCGCCAGAGGAAUGCAUUCUUGGCCCAGAAUCACAGGGAGAAAGGCUUCGCUCCGACAGAAAUGUACCUGAUGGCUUAGGCGACCUGCCUCCUCACGCAGUUGCCACAGAUUUGGUCAUUUCGUACUUUCGAACCUGGCACCCUUUGCUGCCCUUUUUGCAUGGGCCAACCUGUCUGCAAGAGCUGGAGUCGCUAUAUUCGAGGGACGGUGAGUCCCAGACAAGAAGACCUCGGUCUCAAACUCUUGCUAUCACGCUACAAUGCCUUUUCAAUCUUGCAAAACUUGACCGACCCGAUCUGCCAUCGUUGGGAAACUCUCACAUCCGAUCCGAUGAACAGCUUCUUUCCUCAUUGGGUCCAAUCGCCCUCCGACGCGAUUUGGCCUCUAUUCAAGCUCUUCUAGCUGCCCAGCUUUACUUUGUCGCUACCAUGUCUCUCCAAGCUGCUUCAACAACGGGUGGACUGAUAUUGCGAUCGGUGUACAAGUCAGGUUUACAUCGAUGCCCGUUUCGAUACUCUACCUUGGACGCGAGCGACCGGGAUAUCCGUAAACGCGUAUUUUGGAGUGUCUACACUCUAGAUCGCUAUAUAAGCCAGUCUCUUGGAUACCCGCUUGGGAUUCAAGACUCCGAUAUUGAUGUUUGCUUGCCCGGCGCGGUCGAGCUUCACGAGCCUGUUAUGCCGGAGAAAGGGAUAGAAGAAGGUACUUCUCCGCAAGACUCAAUCUUACAUCUACCUGCCAAUCACCCACAACGACAGCAUGCCUCCGAAGAUAGCGAAACUGAGAGCCCGGGAAUUCGGACGCGAGAAAGUAUAGGCCAAGCUCAUGAGGGAGAACGCACAUUCAACCCUUCCGCGCAGAAUGCUCCAAACGAGUCAGAUGCUGCUUCUCAGCGACGAAAACAACAUCAAUCCGUUCAGGCCAACUUCGUUCGAUAUUCGGGACUAGUCGGACGUAUGCUGGAGACAUUUCAUAAAUCAAUUCAUGUACGAUCGGCAAACCGACAGAACAUCCUACUCCUCAAAGCAGAUAUCGACGCUUGGGGAAAUGAUAUGCCACUGAGAACCAAUUUCCAGCCAGCCAAUGCGGAUUCUGAGUCGAUCGGCCACGAGGUUUUCUUUCAAGUUGCCCGACAACAGUUGAUUCUCCUCGUUAACAGACCAUCUCUCUCACUGGAGCCUUCGUCUGCGGAAUUUCGGCACGCCAUACAAAUCUGCAUAGGAGCAUCCAGAUCAAUAAUUCAACUACUCGAGGGGCAUUUCAGCUCACUAAAGAUCUUGUUCUGGCCAGGUUUCAUGUCGGCUGUUUGGAUGAGCGGGCUAGUCUUGGUCUUUGCUUGCCAGCUGAAACUCCAUGGCAUGUCCAAUGGAAUAAGCGACAUUUCCGCCUCUUUGCGAAUAAUCGAAACAAUGACACAAAGAUGGAAAAUAGCACAGAAUUGUCAUGACGCUUUGUCCAUGCUUCUAGAAAACAUCCAACAACCUCUCGCGCCAAUAUCUUUACUAGACUCUCAUACGGACUCCCGGGUAGACCAGAAUUUCGAUAGUCACCGAUCCCAACACAGUCGUUCUUCAAUGCGAGGUGAGAAGCGAGGCUGGCAAGGUGAUUCAUAUGAUCAGUCUGAUAGACGCGAGACCUCUCGACGGAGGGUGUCCUUUGAAAAUGGGCCAGCGGUGUCCCUGCCUCGCGGACCACUGCCCGGCCGGGCGAGCGCAAGGCACAGUUUGGAUGGGUUCGCAUCCGCCAGUAUGCUUAACAACCAAGAAUAUUAUAGUGGUACGACGGCUGCAGCUCCUUCAACUGGAACGAACCAUAUGCAAGGCCAGUACUAUCCGGGCCAGUCGGCCGACAUGCCACCGCCGUUGCAGGAUCGACAUUUCAUGCAGCAGCAGCAGCAAACACAAAUGUGCGAGUUUCCCAUGGUCAACGAAACGCGUGGAAACGACCUUAACGUGCCGCCGACAGUUGCGCCAAACUUUGAAUUUACAACAUCAUAUGAUGUUUUCGAUGGAGCAGCCUGGGGUUCUCUGCUUGAGCUUGUUGAGCCGCAUGAGUAA